AUGGACGACCCAGCGAGCCGUGUCCCGGCGCAGUUGCUGCCGCACAUGCAUCUGGUGUCGCGCCAUCGGUACCCUUUGAUGCACAUGAUGCCUACAGACACCGUCGUCGAAUACCUCCUGUCCGCGUCCAAGAUCGUUCGCGAAGCGCAACCGAUGCACUGGACCUUUUUAGAUGGACCUCAGGAUGGAACGGUGAUGCUCACAUGGCAGCCUCUUAAUCACCUGGGGACAAACUUCGCCAGCGAUGGUUACGUCUGGGCCGACGUUGAACAGGCCUUUACCUUUGAAGCUCGUGGAUACAUGGUGGAGAUGUGGCUCCAUCGCAGCGGUUACCACCCUCCCAAUGAGUCUGUGGCCAUCCACUGUCGCAGACGCUACCGACUGUUGCCCACGAAAGUUCCCAACCCUAGCCUUCCCCCGCCGGACCCGUCACUAUGGAUCGUGCACUACUCCAGAGCGCCUCCUACGGAACAUAUUCCGGCGAACCGGAUUCCAGUCUCACCGCAAGUGCAAAAUAUGCUGGCCCAACGUCGAUUCCUCCAAAGCCAGGGUCAACUGGCGCGCAAAGACUUUAUGCUUCAUGAUCGGAAUAACUGGCCAACAAUCAACUUUCCUCCACAAAUAGCCCCACAAGCACUUGCUCAACCAGCGGGGCCAUAUCCCAAUGCCAUGGUUGGCCGUCAGCCGUUCUACCCCCAGCCCGGCCAACCUGUGCCAGCGCCGGCCGCUGCAGCUCCGGCCAAGGCACCCCGUGGGCAUCGCGCCUCAACUGCGGCGAUGACCGCUGCUGCGGCCGAUUUCGCACUCGAAGAUGAAGACGUUUCUACCGGCGACAUGAUGGAUUUACUGACCCCUCGGGAAGUCAGCAAAAUGAGAUAUCAGCAACACCACGAGUGGAUGGAAGAGAUCUUCGCCUCGCCUUAUGCGAUCAGUCAGAUUACACCUGUUUCUUUGGGGCUCGGUCGGAAAGGAGAAUUGGAGACUCUGACUGCAGGCUUUUUCGAUGCACCCGUUGGGCCUGCAGGUGGCGAUUCGAAAGAAGGCACUGAGCCUGCUCAGGCGACGAAAAUGGAGCCCGAAAAGGCAAAGGAGUUUGCCGACCGGGUUGCCAAAAAGGUCGCCGACAUGACUGCGGAAAUUGAGAAGCUCAAGAAGCGCCAUGCCCGAAGGAUGGAAAAGUUCAAUCGCACCUCUCUACUCAAGGAUGCUGAACUCCGACUUCGGGAUGCGGCAGCGAAUCCUGAAGAUACCGGAACAGAGAUUUGGAGGAUGGAAGGUCGCACUGAAAUACCGACCGAAGGGGAUGGAGCUGAGGUCGUUCCCGUUGAACACAAGGCCAAGUAUAAGGUUGAUGACAUUGUCAGGGAAGUCGAAGCCUCAUGGCACAGGCAAAUCGUGCCGGAACCCAAGGUUUCCUGCGUACAAAAGGGUGGCUUGCUGGAAAAGAUUGAACCCGAACCUGUUUCAACUGCAGCUGACGGUGACAUCGACAUGGGCCAUGCAGACAGCCAUCUGCUUGGUCAAUUCGGCACGCCUGCGCAAGGGGCAGCUCCUGCAGCUCAGGGACAAGCGGCGCCAACAGCCACUGGAGCGGCACCUGCUGCACCCACCGCGCCUGCGCAUCACCAGCCGAUAACUGGUUUGGAUGUCGAAAUGGACAUGGGCGGUGGCCAACCCACAAAUACAGCUGCCGGAGAAACUGGCGACUGGGUAAUGGUGAACGAGGACAACAAGAAGGAUGAAAAUAUCAAUAAACCGCCUGGCGACAUACAAGCGGGUGAAACGCCGGGAAGCGGAUUACAAGGACUAACUCCUGGCCCUGGGAGCGCGGGUGAUACCGGUCUUGACAGCGCGAAUUUCGACUUCACCAACAUGGACAGUGCCGGAGACGCACUGGCAGCAUACACGGAGCAGAACGAGGGUCUGGAUCUUCCUGAUCUGGAUAACUCAGCGUUUGGAGAUGCCUUUCACGCAUCAGAUAAUGAGCAUACCCACCACCAUGAUGCAGAUGACAUGUCGUAA